CCAUCUUCUUACCCCGUCAUCGAUUUCGAAAAUUCCUCCAAAUGGCCUCAUCAAGAGCAACCAUCCCAUCUACCUCGUGGAUUCUACCAAGAGCCACCGUGCCUCAGCCACACCACCAAACUACAAGAAGAAGCAUCUCGAUGGCACAGUCAGGUUUCAAAACACCCAAAAAUGGCCCCCAUCGCCGACCGGGAUUCCCGUUUGGGUUUUCUACCUGCAUCGCACUUGGUAUCGCUCUGUGCAUACAGCACUCCAGGCCGAUUCAGCAUGGAUUUGAGACAGGGCACGCUUCGGGGCCUGUAUAAGAGAGCUCGAAAAGAGGGGCUUUCUUUAUCUUAUUAAUUCUAUUCCAUCAUUGAUGUUUCAUGUCCAUAACAUGCUUUAAGGGGACACCAAUGAGUCUUUUCGGGGCAUUAAUCUGAUUUUACUGCCCAGAUGUAUAUCUACCUGAAAAUAUCAAAUGACUAUCUACAUACCUGAAUCUAUGGUCCGACCGCUUCCUCCGAAAUUCUACAGCCAAGAACCUCAUUUCAAAUCCCUAAAACGGACUAUCAACACGGCUUUAUCAGAGGCCAUGCAUGCUGUCGUCUUCAAAUAUGGGUUGUGAUGACUCGGAUGGAUUGAUGUCGGAUCCUUCAAUCCAUCCUUCCAGCCCGACAACAGACACCCAUAUAAUCCGCGUAUCCCAUCAUCAUUCAGCAUCGUAAACCAG